AUGGGCGUCACUAGACUCGGCUCGGUGCUAAUCAAGAUUAAUAUCCUGCAGGCAUGGUAUCUGUGGAUCGGAAAUGAUGUGCUGGCGACGGGCAUCCUCACAUUCAUUCUCCACGAGUUCUUUUACUUUGCGCGCAGCAUUCCAUUUAUGAUCUGUGACCAGAUCCCUUGGUUUCGCAAGUACAAGAUCCAGGCUGGCAAGAUGCCUUCCCUCCAAGAACAAUGGGACUGCGCCAAGAUUGUCCUCCUGAGCCACUUCACCGUCGAGCUGCCGCAGAUCUGGCUCUUCCACCCGCUCGCCACAUACUUUGGCAUGCAGUACGGCGUGCCCUUCCCGCCGGUGUGGAAGAUGACGGCCCAGAUUCUCCUCUUCUUCGUCAUGGAGGACACCUGGCACUACUGGGCGCACCGCCUCUUCCACUACGGCCCGCUCUACAGGGCCGUGCACAAGAUGCACCACAAGUACUCCGCGCCGUUUGGCAUCGCCGCCGAGUACGCCUCCCCGAUCGAGGUCAUGGCCCUGGGCCUGGGCACCGUGGGCAGCCCGCUGCUCUGGGCCUUGCUGACGGGCGGCGACCUGCACCUCUUCACCAUGCACGCGUGGAUGGUCCUGCGCGUGUUCCAGGCCGUCGACUCGCACAGCGGCUACGACUUCCCCUGGUCGCUCAACAAGGUCCUCCCGUUCUGGGCCGGCGCGGCCCACCACGACGUCCAUCACGAGAAGUUUGUCGGCAACUACGCCUCGAGCUUCUGCUGGUGGGACUACCUGAUGGACACGGAGGCGCAUGCCGAGGCGAGGCAGAGGCGCCGGGAGAAGGAGCUGGCAAAGAACAGGCUGGCCAGCGACAAGAAGAAGGCGUUGUAA